AUGUUAUUCUAUAACGAGAACAACGGAUACAUUGAUGGCGUGUUGCGUGGAUUCUUUUCCGGUAUCUUGACGACAACCCAAUACAUGAAUCUUACUCAAUGUGAGACACUGGAGGAUCUACGUUUGCAACUUGGCGCUACAGAUUACGGCAACCUAUUACAAAAUGAGCCUUCACCUAUCGCGACAUCGACGUUUGCGGAUCGCUUGACGGAUCGGCUGGUGGAUGAAUUCAACUACAUUCGUGACAAUGCAGUAGCACCACUCUCCAAGUUUUUAGACUAUAUUACGCAAUACAUGAUUGAUAACGUGAUCUUGCUCAUUACCGGUACGCUGCACGAACGCAAUACGCAAGAAUUAUUAGCCCGAUGCCAUCCUUUGGGUCGAUUUGAUGCAAUGCCGGCACUAUGUGUGGCAACAACGGUCGCUGAAUUAUACAAUACCGUGUUGGUGGAAACGCCUCUUGCGCCCUAUGUUGCCAACUGUCUCAGUGCUCAAGAUUUGGAUGAACUCAACAUUGAAAUCAUUCGCAACACUUUAUACAAGGCCUACUUGGAAGACUUUUAUGAUUAUUGUCAGGAAUUGGGAGGAGCAACAGCUGAAGUGAUGGGAGACAUCCUGCAGUUUGAAGCGGAUCGACGCUCCAUCAAUAUUACCAUCAAUUCAUUUGGCACCGAAUUACCAAAACAUGAACGCAGGAAUCUGUUUCCCACCAUUGGUCGACUUUAUCCAGAAGGCAAUGCACGAUUGGCAGCAGCGGAUGAAUAUGAGCAAGUAAAAGCAGCAUGUGAAGUAUUCCAGGAAUAUCGUGAUUUCUUUGAUACUGCAACUGGUGACAAGACCGUGGAAGACAAGUUUUUCGAGCAUGAAGUUUUCUUGAAUCGAUUGGCAUUUCAACAGCAAUUCAAUUACGGCAUCUUUUAUGCAUACGUCAAGCUGAGAGAGCAAGAGAUUAGGAAUAUCGUAUGGAUCGCUGAAUGCAUUUCGCAAAAUCAAAAGGAGAGGAUCAACAAUUAUAUACACAUAUUGUAG